AUGAUCCCUUCGGUCGUUCGAUCGAGAAUACCUGUCUUGUCGUCGCUUCGUCACUCCGCAAGAGCCGCCGUCCUCCAUGCAUCUUAUGUUCGCAGAAAAGGAUAUAUCUUGUCCUGCGUGGACACCGAUAAAGAGAAGGAGGGUUACGGCUUUGCAUCCACCGUCCCCUCCAGCGGUGCGAGCACACCCACGAUAAGACCCGAAAGUCCGGAAGAAGCCCCCUGUCCACAAGAUAUCGGUCUCAAAGUCAUUCCACAGCCAGAGAACGCAUCGGGCAUCGACUGGGAUGUUGCUGCUACUGGAGUCAGACUGUGGAUCACGGCCAAAACACAAGCUGAACAAGGUGGUGACCCGACCGCGCUCCGGAGCAUGCAUAUCGAUGCGUUACGAUAUAUGCACAUGGCGCUGCCUCCGGAUUUGAGCCCUCUGGAAGCCGAAUCGCUACGUGCCAGUUUGUCGCCUCAACUGAUCUUUCAACCAGCCGACACCCGCGAGUUGCAUGGCCAGCGGACCCCCAACAUCCUGAGGCAGGUCAUUGCCCAAGCAAUAUGUUGGCUCUUCACCUCUUUUCUCUUGAUCCUUCCGGUGCUGAUGACAUUGCUCAAUCGCAUGCUGCAACUUGAGCGCCAACAUCAGGUCACCGAGCGCAUCAUCACCAAUGGUCUGGACAUGACUUCGGUCCUGGGUGAGCGCGGUGUGGAGUUGCAUCGCGCACUGAUCCGGUUCAAGGACGGCCGGGUGGGAAGUGUCUUCUUCGAUGCUGGGUCAUGGAUCCUCGAAGGAAUCCUUGGAGGUGUGAACGACGGCAUUGAUGCGGUUUCCCAGAGUCGAAGGAAGCCUCUUUGA